GACACUUCAUACUUGCGUAUUUGACCUAUUUAGGUCAUGAUAGGUAGGUACCUAGGGUUGGAACUAUUGUUAAACGAAGCGCCGACGGCCGACAGAGACACCAAGUCAGCUUAUUCUUUCAUUUGCCAACCUCUUUGCUCUCUCUUCUCGUCAUUGUCGCAUCGUGAUUGCGAUAGCACGAAACGAUGGAAUCAUAGCAAGCGAACCCCUCAUAUGUAACCAUCUUUCUUCCCCCACUUGUCAAAUACAUAACUACUUAGAUAUCAUAACGCCUCAGAAUUAUGUCGUUGCUUCGCCUUUUAGGCUCGAGAGCUUCGGUCUCAGCCAAAACUAAAACUACCCUACAACGAACGGCUCCUUCGCGAGUGCUGCUCGCUUGUCCCUCCUCUAGAACCAUUGCGACAGCUUCUGCGAGACCCCAAGAGGCACCCCGCGAACCUCCCUCUACAACACCAGAGAUCGACCUCCUACAGUCUCGCCGCCGGCGCAUCCGAGAUCCAAAACCCUUCUCCGACUUCCUCACAGAUACUUUCCACCGACAGCAUGAUUACCUUCGCAUAUCUGUCUCGGAGCGCUGCAAUCUGCGAUGUGUCUACUGCAUGCCUGAAGAAGGCGUGCCAUUGUCGCCAAACCGAGAGCUCUUGACGACACCAGAGAUUGUCCUCUUGUCGUCCGUAUUUGUCUCGCAGGGUGUGACUAAGAUCAGAUUGACGGGAGGAGAGCCGACUGUGCGGCGAGAUAUCCUCCCUCUGAUGCACCAGAUUGGAGAGCUGCGACGGCAUGGCCUAAAGGAAAUAUGUAUCACAACCAACGGCAUCUCUCUGCACCGGAAGCUCGACAGCAUGAUCGAGAGUGGACUGACGGGUGUCAACCUGAGCCUCGACACUCUGGAUCCUUGGCAAUUCCAGAUCAUGACAAGGAGGAAAGGCUUCGAGGCCGUGCAGAAGAGCAUCGACAGGAUUCUUGAGCUCAACAGACUUGGUGCUGGCAUCAAGCUCAAGAUCAACUGCGUGGUCAUGAGGGGUGUCAACGACAGAGAGGUGCUCCCCUUCGUGGACCUGACGCAAGAAAAGGACAUCGAAGUCCGCUUCAUCGAGUACAUGCCAUUUGACGGCAACAAAUGGAGCAAAAAUAAGAUGUUUAGCUACCAAGAGAUGCUGGACCUCAUCAGGACAAAGUACCCAACACUGCAAAAAGUGCAGGAUCACAAGAACGAUACAAGCAAGACAUGGCACAUUCCAGGCUUCACUGGAAGAAUAGGCUUCAUCACGAGCAUGACGCACAACUUCUGCGGGACUUGCAACCGUCUUCGAAUAACAGGUGACGGCAACCUCAAGGUGUGCUUGUUUGGCAAUGCUGAGGUGUCUCUACGGGAUAUCCUCCGGAAGUCCAACAGUGGCGAGCCCAUCGAUGAGCAGGCUUUCGAUGCCAUGAAACAGAUCGAGAUGGACCGGCGGAGGGACUUAUUGACGUCAGACCGGACUCCUCUCGGUCUGGCACCUAACGAGAUGGAGCUGCUCGAAGUCAUUGGUGCUGCUGUCAAGAGAAAGAAGGCAAAACAUGCGGGCAUCGGUGAGCUGGAGCAUAUGAAGAAUAGGCCCAUGAUCUUGAUAGAUACCAUUAGUCCGUCUUCGUCAUUGCGAACCAUGCCUCCUCGAAUACAAUCCCUUCUGCGUAACGGUCCCUGCUUCGCGGCUGGCCGAUCUGUUUUCACACAGCAGCGACUCUUCUCCAAUACUCGCCAUGUCCGAGGACAGGACAGCAGCGACAACGCAAAGCUGACACAUGUCUCUGCCUCUGGAGAGGCACGGAUGGUCUCCAUAUCAGACAAGACAGUGACAUCACGCAUCGCCAAAGCUGCAUGCACCGUCCGAUUCUCGAACACCACAGCGAUUGGGCUCAUCAGAGACAACCAGAUGAAGAAGGGAGAUGUCCUGGGUGUCGCGCGGAUCGCUGGCAUCAUGGCAUCAAAGCGAACUCCAGAUCUGAUCCCACUAUGUCAUCCGAUCUCGCUCUCCAAGGCCACGGUUGAUCUCGACGUCAGGGGUGACGACAGAGUAGAGAUCGCUGCCACGGUCACGUGUGACGGAAAGACGGGGGUGGAGAUGGAGGCGCUGACGGCGGCGUCUACGGCGGCAUUGACAAUUUACGAUAUGUGCAAGGCUGUGGAUAAGGGCAUGGUUAUUGAGGGUUUGAGAGUUGUCCUCAAGGAUGGGGGGAAGAGUGGGAGAUGGGAAAUGGAGUAAGCCUCAGCCCUAGCCAACCACAUAAUAGGAAUAAGCAACUACCAUUAUACGGUGUGAUAGAACCUCAUAUACAUAGUAGGUCUCGUCUUUAACGAAACAGAAAGCGUGACUCAUCUAAUCCGCCUCAUCUCACACCUCUAAGACCGACGAAUUGUCAUUUUGAGACAUAGGGUCUUGGUAGAACUCAGCCCAAGACCACAAUUAUGCGCAGAAGUUAGGAAGCAACAUACAAUCAUCAAUGUACACUAAGAAGCUCCCUAACCUGUAGUCGUCUUCUCCACCCAGUGAUGGGACGUUUGAGAAUACCUGAUCCUCUUGAUUCAGCCACAAUGCAGGAGUCGUUUAAUCACCUCUCAUCUGCGGGUGAUAUUGAUCGCGAGAUUGAUUAAACAGGAGCCGCGGAAGCCACCAUGACCACAAAGGCAAGGGGGAAAAAGCAAUUCUUCGGAGACAAUAGCUACAGUCGAGACAUUUAACGGCAAUCUAGGGUUGUGCUGCAGAAGCGCCAGGUUAAACUCGAGACCAACGGAGCCGCCCGGCACCUCCAAGAUUAAAGCCCUGGCAGGGAAUCCGAUAGCUAAGCAGUAAACUUCCUAUUCAAGACGAGCGAGAAACAUAAGAAUGUGACAGGCUGACAGGGCUCGGCAUUGCAUGCAGAGAGGGAAUUGUCUGUUGCACAUGACCCUUGUGAGGCGUUGACGAUGUGCAUCAAACAGGAGGGGAACAAAAGGCGGUGGAGGAGAUGUACCUACCUACUGUAGGCACAUACCGUCAAUCGAUGCCCUUGUUGGGUUGGGUUGGGUUGUGUUGUGUUGUGCAUUUGUAGAAACCUCUUGGUUGAUCAAGUAGCUCAUACGGGUUGAAAGACCGG